GCUGCCCAAAGUCAGGCAAACGGCAUCAUCACAAGACUUUCGCCAUGGCAACAGAGAACCUUCUCCCCCUCGAACUCAUCGACAAAUGUGUUGGAUCGCAAAUAUGGGUCAUUAUGAACGGCGGAAAGGAAUUCACCGGCAAACUUGUAGGAUUUGAUGACUACGUCAACAUGGUUCUCGAAGAGGUGACCGAGAUCGACCCUGCGGAGGGUAACGUGAAGUUGCCGAAAAUCCUCCUCAACGGCAACAACAUCUGCAUGAUGGUACCAGGCGGAGACGGACAGACGGUUCUGGAGGACGAGUAAGGAAACGGCGAACAUGUGAUUUGAAACGCCCCAGAAGGAGCUCAUUCCCUCUGUGCUCGCCAGGACCGGUAUUUGCCUGAAGUUUGAAGAACAACCUGUGGGCGAUGAUGAGUGGAAGCGAAUUGCGAGCCAGCCAGACGGCUGCGAAUGUCGCGCUGCCAGACGACGUUAGCGCAUGCGACGUCGCCUCUCCUCGAUACCACAAACACAAACUACAAUACAGGUCACGUUGUC